CAGUUAGGCCAAUGGAAAGCCUGGUCCAAGGGAAACUAGUAGCUACAGCUCCCAGAGUGCACUGGGGCAGGGCAUGAGUCAAUUCACCUUGCGGCUCAUUGCGGCGCAUGUGCGAGAGACUGGUGGGGUCUAGCAAGAUCCGGGUGGUGCCAGACGGGCCCCCCACCCCCACACUGAUCCUGGCGCCAGCGCAGCCAUGACCCUCUUCCACUUUGGGAACUGUUUCGCUCUGGCCUAUUUCCCCUACUUCAUCACCUACAAGUGCAGUGGCCUGUCAGAGUAUAACGCUUUCUGGAGAUGCGUCCAGGCUGGGGCUACCUACCUCUUUGUCCAGCUCUGCAAGAUGCUGUUCCUGGCCACUUUCUUUCCCACCUGGGAGGGUGCAGCUGGGGCUUAUGAUUUUGUGGGGGAGUUCAUGAAGGCCACGGUAGACCUGGCUGACCUGGUGGGGCUGCACCUGGUGAUGUCGAGGAACGCGGGGAAGGGCGAGUACAAGAUCAUGGUGGCAGCCAUGGGAUGGGCCACGGCUGAGCUCGUCAUGUCCAGGUGCAUUCCUCUCUGGGUGGGAGCCCGCGGCAUUGAGUUUGACUGGAAAUAUAUCCAGAUGAGCGUCGACUCCAACAUCAGCCUGGUUCACUACAUCGCCAUGGCUGCCCUGGUGUGGAUGUUCACCCGCUACGACCUGCCCAAGCACUACCGCCUGCCCCUCACCCUGCUGCUGGGCCUCAGUGUCUACAAGGCCUUCUUCAUGGAAUCCUUCGUUCACGUCUUGCUGCUGGGCAGCUGGACGGCGCUGCUGGUCAAAGCUGUUAUCACCGGCUUCCUGGCGCUCAGCUCCCUGGGUCUCUUUGUUACCUUGGUCCAUGGAAACUAAUCGCCCCCAUCCCCACCCCGCCAGGGAUACUCUCAGCUCUGCUACCUAGAGACCUUGGGGAUGGCUAAACACCCGGUUUUGCUGCCUGCCGUGUUGCCAGAUCCGAUCCAUGUUGGAUCCACCAUGACAAGGGUCAGAAUAAAUCACAGCUGUUGUGGUUUUUUUUAUUUUCAA